GGGUGCGGUGAGAUGAGACCGUGAGGCAAUCCAUGUGUCCCCAAGGUCGCGCCUCUGGGUCUCCGGACCGCCAGUAUCGAUUCAUACGACUCAGCAACACUGAGCUGAACGUACGCUAUGAAGACUUUAGUGUGUUUUUUAAGCGCUUGCGCGUUUGCGCAAGCACAAUUCGGCAGUUUCAACAGCGGUCGGAGUUCGAACGCUUUCGGUAAUACGCGCUCCCAGGCGCAGCCAAGUGCUUUUGGAAGUUCCGGGAACACACGCCAGACUCAGGCCAGCGCGUUCAGCAGUUUCGGGGGUCAAAGCCAGUCGGCUUUUGGCCGCCAGUCUGCUUUCCAACAGACGACCGCGAGCCCUCGGAGCAGUCAGUACCAACAGCAGCCGACCAGGAGCGCUGGGUCCUGCAGAGAGUUGAAUGAACGCUCUCCUGUGUCUGGGAGCUGUGAUCGAUACAUUGAAUGCAUAAACGGAACAGCCGAAGAAAAGACCUGUCCAGACGGUUUACUAUUCAAUGCUAAUGCGCUCUUCACAGCGUAUCCUUGUCAAUACCCGAAUGAGGUUCAAUGCCUUGAACGUUCAGCUUUGCAGCCCGCUCAACCGACGGAGGACUGUCCCCACCAGUUCGGCUACUUCAAGCUUGGAGAUGCGAGGAAUUGCAGCGCGUUCAGGAACUGUGUGAAUGGCGUGGGUUACGACUUCACGUGUCCUGAGGGACUAGCGUUCAGCUCGGAGAGCUAUCGCUGCGAGUGGCCCGACGAGGUCGCCGAUUGUGAUGCUGAAGCUUUCCUUGGCUUCCGCUGCCCCGAGGUGCCAAUAUCUAAAGAACUUGGACCACCAGCUGGCUACAGAUACUACAGGUCCGACGUGAACUGCCAGAAGUAUUUCAUUUGCAUCGAAGGCCGUCCCCGCGUGCUAAGUUGCGGUGGCGACUCCGCGUUCGACGACCUCACUUCCACCUGUGUCUCUGCCGACGAAGUCGCGGCUUGCCCACAGGACCUCCGCGCGGCCGCCGCGAGGUCCAGAGAAGAGGAGAAGCAACGGCUCGCGAAGGAAAUAUCUUUCAACGCGCGCCCGGUGCAACAUAAAAGACGAUUCUAAACACGAAACAAAUAGUCAAGGUUUAAUAUUUAAAGCUGUCGAUGUGGCUGAAACAACCGAUUCUUUAGUUUAGGUACUUAACGGAAAAUUAAUUACACUUUCACUGCGUUAGAGAGCGCGCACACGGGCAACUUUUGGCAGCGACUUUUUUGUCGCGACCAUGACCUAGUAUGAAAGUGCGCACACGAAGCGACGUAACUUUUCAUACAAAUACGAAAGUCGCCGAGCAACUUGGUCGUCCGUGGGCGCGCACCCUUAGGGACAAAAGGCCACAAACGAAGUGUGUUGCCGCCUUGCCGCAGUGAAGGUGUUAUUAGUUAUCUGUUUCAAAAGGGGGCAAAGUUGUCUUGUAUGUCUUGUUAGACCGUUCGUGCUAACAUUGAUAUCAAUUUUUCAUUCGAGAAAAACAACGUUUUUCACCACAUCUAAGAAAAAUGCAAGUCUAAAUUUCUAAAAUAUCAAACAAAUUUAACCCUUAAAUGCAUAGUGAUGCAUCAUGCAUUUAUGACUCUAUUGACAGCAUGUCAAAAUUCAAAUUUGAAUAAAUCUUUGUCAAGGUCAUGCAUUUAAGUGUUAAACCGAGCCAAGUCUGCAAUGCCAAGAUUGCAAAAGAAAAUAUAAUCUAUAAUCAUCUUUAGACCUUGACUAUACCUAAGUACCUACAUAAUUUACUUUCAACUAGUCGUUCUCAGUCAUUUGAGUUUAACUUAAUUAUGUCAAUGUGUGCAUAUAAAUAAAUUUAUACGUAUAAUUUUUACAAUCAUUUUAAUAAACGCAAUAAUAUUAU